ACACCAUCGUGAACAAUGGCAGUCAUCCAAGCCCCAAGGAGUAAGAUGACAAUGGACGUCAAAGCCAGUCAAGUAGCAGCUAGCACGGCUACCAAGUCUAGUGCCAACGUUGGCGCUUCCGCAUCGACGGGAGGACAAGAGUGUGCCGGAUGCGGAAAACACAUAACCGAUAGAUUUCUGUUGAAGGCGCUUGAUUUGUUUUGGCACGAAGACUGUUUGAUGUGUGGUUGCUGCGGAUGUCGACUGGGCGAAGUCGGAUCUACCCUGUACACCAAGGCGAACAUGAUAUUGUGCAAAAAGGAUUACUUCAGGUUUUACAGGAUGUUUGGCAAUAAAGGCAUGUGUGCUGCUUGCUUCAAGGACAUACCGGCGUUUGAGAUGGUCAUGAGGGCCCGUAGCAACGUGUAUCACUUGGAGUGUUUCGCGUGCCAACAGUGCAAUCACAGAUUUUGUGUCGGAGACCGCUUUUACCUGUGCGAAAACAAAAUAUUGUGUGAAUAUGAUUUCGAGGAGAGAAUGGUAUUUGCAAACAUGGCUUACAAUCCAGCUACUUUGGCUCAGUUAAAACGUCAUGCCACACACAUACCACCAGCGGUUGGUGGAGGGGGUAGAGCAGAUUUGCCCAUGGCGGCGGGAAGCAACGGAGCUGGUGAUCGUAGAGCAACGCCAACUGACUCACACCACCAUGGACAUCACCAUCAUGGACACCAUCACGGAGCGCCCACCAGCAAUGGACACCAGUAUGGUGGAUCAGGCGCCACCACGAAUGGUGAUCAAUCUCAGCUUCAAUUAUACGAUGUAAAAUGAUAACAUAACAUCGUGUUAUUCCUCAAAAACCGCUCUCUUUUUAAAUUUGAUUUUAGAACUAUUUUGUUAUUUAUUGCCCACUAGUAUCUUGAUACCUAUAACUGCGCAUAAUAUUAUUAGAUUUUUCGACGAAUACAAAUCGUUACAGACAGAUCAUUUCUGUUUGGCUAGUCACAACGAUAAGGUAUUAUUCGUAGUAUAAAAUUACAAUUUUGUUUCCAUUUUUUUUUUUUUUUUACAAGCUACAGUGUAAAAAUACAUUUUAAUCUCGUGCAAUUAAAAGGGAAAAAAUGUUAAUCUAACUAUUACUCAUUAAUGGUUUUUUUUUGUUAUUGUUGUUGUUGCUUAAAUUACACCAAUCAAAUAGUGUCUAUUUGCUGUCUUAAAUAUUUAGAUGAAAAUACUAUAAUAUUAUACAUUUCAACAUUUGUAUAUUAUGAUUUAAAAUUAUUCCAUUUGUCCAAAUUUCGAAAUA